AAGUUUGUGGAUAUUUCUCCUAUUGAAUAAAAACAUAUAAAUGUAGGCGAUUACGUUCAACAAGAUACAAAGACAGAAAAAAAAAGAAGAAGAGACUAUUUAUUCAAGUAACGACCCAGUUGAAUUAUGUACAGAUGACAAUUUGUAUUUCGCAACAAUAUGAAUAGUAACAAUGAUAAUAAUCAUAAUUAUGUAAACUGGAUAUUUCGAAGGUUAUGUAUUUCGAAGUACUUUUAUUUUUAAACUUUCACUGUGGACAAUCAUUCAAAAAAAAUAUGAAAUUAGAUCAUUGAUUGUAAUUUUUAAUAGUUUCAAUAAUUCUUACUUCUUUUUUUCCUUCUUCAAACAUUCAACAAUUUCGAAUAGAACAAAACAAAUUAAUUAAUUUGUCAUUAUAAUUAUUAUUACGAUUGUUGGCAAUGGUUAUAUAAUUGUUUACAGGAUAUAAUUGGACAAAUAUUAAUUUUACCCUCGUCUUAACAAAGUAACAACAUGACAUAUGUAGAGAAAAGAUUAAUUCUACGUAAUGGACCACCGUGGGGAUUUCGACUUUAUGAAGAUUUUAUGGAAGGGUUAAUUGUUGCUAAGAUAAGGCAUCGUAGUCCUUCCGAACAAGCAGGAUUACGUGAAGGUGAUCAUGUAUUGGCAAUUAAUGGUGUAGAUGCAUUGGAUAUGUCACAUGCGCAAGCUGUACAAAUCAUUGAUUUUGCAUCCUAUACAUUAGAAAUAAUAGUAGGAAGAUAUGAACGACAUAAAAAUUCUGAAACAGUCUAUAUGGAUAACAAAACUUUAUUGUCUAAACAAAAACCGCAAGAGAUCACCACAACUGAAUUACAGUUAUUCUGGGAGAAAGAUAUGCCACUGAAACCAGCUCGUCGAAAUUGGCCACCUCCGCCGAAACCUGUACAAGAGUACAACAUUCCACCUCAGCCAACAUCAGUACAAUCUAAACGUCCGCCAUUAGUACAAUCUCAUUCAGUUUCAAUACAUGUACCUGCACAAAAACCUGUGGCUAUUCCAACACCACCUCAAGUACAAACAGUACAUAUACCACCUCCAGUACGACAACCAUCAAUUGAUCCACCUAUUAUACCUCAUGAUCCAGAUGUUACAAGUGUUUCUGUGAAACAAUUAAUGCGAGAAUUUGAUGUGCCACCGAUUGCACCAGAGCUUAAAAAAAAGAAUUACGCUGAUUCAUCAUUUUAUUCUGAUCCAACAAAAUAUUAUCCAACAAUUGAAGAACAGAUUGAAAUGGCAAGGAGAGUUGCGAAUAGUUUACAUGAUCCAUAUAACUUUGAGUCAAAAGGUGCAUGUAUGUUUGAAAAACAAAGGCAACGAGCAGAAAAACAUGUGAAAGAAGGUCCAGAACCUCAACCAGAUCCUAUUGAGUUGGCAAGUCCUGAAGAGUUGGAAUAUAUGUCACCUCCUGAAGCACCUCCACCCCCGCCUCCACCACCACCAAGUUUUCCUGGACUUCAACCAACUAAGAAGCCAGUGGUUCCUCCACCCCCACCUAUGACAUUUGCACCAGGUCAGCCUAAAACAGUACAAGAAUUUUUAGAGAAAAUUAAAAUAUUCCCUAAAAAUUUGCACACAGAUUUAGAUCCACAAAAAUGUUUCGAUAUUGCUACAGCUUUAUAUACAUCGGAUAGUCGUGGUGCUAAAAUGUUUGCUAAACGUCAUGCUAGAGCAGUAAAAUGGGAUGCCCAAAAUCCAGAAGAUGGUGAUGAGUCAGGGAAUAGGAUGAAUGUAACAGUAGCAUCUGGUCCUGGACCAACUGUACGUAGUCAUGACCAAUUAAAAGUGCUUUCGAAACUUCCACAAUCAAAAACACAACAACAACUUCAAAUGAAGCAGAGACAACAGCAAGCUCCUGUAAAGCAAAAUAAUAAUAAUAGUAAUAAUAAUAAUAAUAAUAAUAGUAAUAAUGGAGAGUUGGACGCAUAUAGAAAGUCAUCAAUUUCAUUAGCUACGAACAGUUCGGUAACUACACCGACACCUUUGGACAAUUUGAUUGGUCCUACACCAAAGCCAUUUAUACCAAUGAGUUCAAACAACAAUACACCCUUUGGACAAAUGAAUAACAAUAAUAUUACUAAUGUUAGUAGUAAUAAUAAUAAUAGUAAUACGAUCGAAGCAAAUCGUCUAAAUAAUCCAAGUGAAUCUGGUUGGCGACCAGUAAAAUUUCGAAUUGGACAAACUGCAAAUUAAAUUAAUUGUUUGUUUUUGUUUUUGUCAAAAAAUCAAGUUUACAGGGAAUAGAGUUAUUUUAUGCAACAUUUUGUCAUUUCUAUAUACACAGAUAGAUAGACUUAAUAAUAAUUUGCUACGUGGUUAUCAUUAAUGCUUACAUUACUAUUAUCAAUAUACAACGAUAUUAGUACCGUAAUAAUAACUAUGCAUUGUUAGUUUUCUGUUGAUGUCUUGCAUAUUUUUUAGCCAAAAUAACCUGUUCAUCGUUUUAUCCAUACCCUAAUGAGUAUUUAUGAGAUAUGUAUAACACAUCUAUUCUCUGUUGUGUAACAUGUGUGUGAAUAUGUAUCUCUAUGUCCUAUUUAUUCAUUAACGUUUUUCAUUUGGACUUAAAGAUAAACCAUAACCUUUUUGUAUCGUACACAAUCAUUAUUACCUUGAAGUCAGUCAGUAUAAUUUACAUUUAUGCUAUAAAAAGAUUGACAUAAAUGUACAGAACACAAUCCUUAAAAGUUUUGAAUAUAAUUUUUAAAAAAAACCCAAUGAAUUAAAUUAUAAGAUAGCAAGAAGUAUUGAAACAUGAAAUAUACAUUAUGAACUAUCGGCUAAAAGCUCAAUCUUUUAGAAUAUAUUUAUUCGACUAUAUUUAACCUAUUACACAUUAGGGAAUAUAGGAGCAUUUCGUAUUUUCAGUUAAACUAAUCAACUCAAUGUUCAACAGAUUGGGUAAAACAUAGAAUAAAUGAAAAACUGUCAGAAGGUAUAUAUAACAGCUAUCCUUUAAUCUAUAACCGGCUGCAAUAAGUAUUAUCCUUGCUUAGUUUAUUUCCUCCACUUAUUUUCAGCUGCUUAUCUACCCAGCCCAUAUACUUACACAAAUAACUACUUGCUCAUACUACCUACUACUCUCUCUCAUUCUUUCUUCAUAUUUUCUUACUUAUCUGUCAUAUUCUUCACUUUUGACAGAGUUUAAUACCCUAUAAUCUAAUCUUGUUAUAUUAUUGAGUAUUUUGACUGUUUUGUUAGAAUGUAUAACAAUUGAUUUGAGUUAAUAAUCUUAUUAAAAGUUUUAUUUCAUUUCUACGCUACUCAUUUCAGUAUUUGGUAUUCCUGUAAUUUGAAUACAAAGAUUUUUAAACAAGAGAAUAGAUAAUACCCAGCU